UCAGAACGAGCUCAGGCUUGUCCUUGUAUCAUCCCGCAGUUAUGCGUUCAUAGCGGCAGAGGCGGGCCGGGAUUUUGCCGUGAUGUACUCAACCAUUCAAUUUUUACAUUUUAUUUUUUGUAUUGGUUUUCAUUUUCACCCUUUUUUCUUAAUUUAGUUUGGGUUUUGGCAGUUUUGGUCCUCCAUAACGUGUGGUGAAAAGGUCAAAGGGUCAGGCCAAGACCACUGGGUGCUGAUGACCCCACAAUAGAAGCAGAAGUUGACAUAACAUUGUACAACUACAAAUUUAAUACCCAGAAGAUUUCAAUUGAUGUCAGCUUUGGAUUUAAACCAGCUGUCAGCUCAUGAGAGCUGGAAGGUCACUGGGAGUUCAUUUGUUGUCUUUCAGAUGUGGGUGUCCAAAGGGCACGCGUGUGCCCAAACGCUCGUCCUGCUGGGAUACAGCGAGGCGCGACCUCCCUCCGGUUAUAUUUAGCAGCCUGACAGGCACAGUGGUGUCAGUGCGGGGAUCAGAGCGAGCAAAUCCUCUGUGGUUUCGUAACAGCGACGUGCUGACAGCCAAUCAAAGGUGCUGUUGCUGUCGGGCAGGGCCGGGGUGAUAAUACUAAUGCCUCAGCAUCCUGUCACCACAAACAAACGUGAUUCAGAUGAUCAGGAUCAUUAUCAGGCUCCCGCAGAGCUUGCUAAUGAGCUGAUCAUCUAGGAUAGUGGCCCUCGAGGACUGGAGUUUGGCACCUGUGGUUUCGAGGUGAUUAUUCUUUUUCUGCCACCCAAAAGAAGCCAGGUGCCAACUGCUAACAAGAAGAAAAUGACACCAACAAGAUAGCCAUCAAUCAUACACAUGAUUUCUUCUGAAUGUUGGAGAAUUUGAAAAUGUUGAAAAUGUGCAGGAUUUCAUAUCAAGAAUUAAAGGAUUGCAUAUUUAUUACGGUUAGGUGUUAAAUUGUGAGAAAUCAGUGUCUUUACGUGAAUCGUUUGUUACUCAUAAGCAACUUCUUCAUUGGAGCAAAGGUGACUCAUUUCAAAACUGAGAGCCCUUUGCAUGAGUCACUUUCCAAGAAGUGUUUCUCAUUUGGAACAAGUUUCAACCUCUUUGCUUGAAGUCCAGUCAAUUGACAUUGUCAUGUUGUUCUUAUUGUUGUUGUUGUUGUUGUUGUUGUUGUUGUUGUUGUUGUUGUUGUUUUUGACAGCGUCAUCUGCUCCCGGAAGUGUGCGUGCGGCAACGUCAUGACGCAGCCAGUUUUGAUCCAAUAGGAGCGUGGGAAGGCUUAAGCCGUCUCGAGCCGGGUAAAAGGGAUUUGACAGUUGAGAGUAAGAUUCCCAAUUGGACUCUGCGCUGGGACGCGCAGCAUGGCGGCGGCCGCCUGCGGCCACCUCGGGGCCGUCACUAAAAGCCAAACUCGGGAGCAGAUCCGGAGGAACCGCGAGAAUUCAAACCGGAGACGAGCCGCUCUUUUGUUCCUCUCCAACAUCUCGCUGGACGGCCGCCCGGUGCAUAGUGGCUCAGCCGAGCGGGGAGGGACGCAGGGGCACCAGGAUGCCGUCCCGGAGCAGAGCGAGCUCGCGUUCACCGCGCUCCUGGAGCCGCAAAGCGAUGUCGGGACGUGCUCGGUGAAUUUGUUGGCUUCCGUCAGCUGCGAGGACGUGAAAGCGACGACGGCGACGCCGCGGACGGGCGCAGGGCUCUUGGCCGUGCCGCCCAUCCUCGUCCUGCCUUCCGACGCGGGGGGUGCGGAGCUGCUGCUCGGCCGUCGCAGGGACUCGGCGCCCUUGGCGGCCGAUGGCCACCUCCUCUCCCCGUCACCGUCGGCAUCCAACAACAGCCUGCUGCCUUCACCAGCGACACCGCGCAAGUCUUCCACGCUGCUGUCGGUGCAAAGCUGCAACUCGCUGUCCUCCGACUUGAGGCAAAGGACCCGAAAUCUCUCUGGCGGUUCUCCCAGGCCGCGACACACCAAGAAGAUCCACUUCAUCAAAAACAUGAAGCAGUACGACACGAGGGGCAGCAGGAUCGUCUUGAUCUGCGCUAAAAGAUCCCUGUGCGCGGCCUUCUCGAUCCUGCCGUACGGAGAAAGCUUUUACCUCAGUGAGCCCAUGCUGAACCAUCCCCGGAGGAGACACUCGUCCGGGAAUAUUUCCACUUCCUUGGAGAUGAUGGGACUGGAGGGUUUCCACUUGGAGACGUACGGCAGGUCGGUGUCGUACGCCCAGUUCCUGUACCCCACCAACGCCCUGGCGAGUCAGAAGCCGUCGUCCACCAGCGACCUCACGCUGCAAAUCCCCGUUUCCAGGAGCUCUCACAGCAUGCCCGGCAGGCGUUUACCCCCGAGUAGGCUCAACAGCGUCGUGGGACUAGACCUUGGACUGGAGGACAUGACAGACUACGACCCAAACAUCCUCAAUGACCCCCAGUGGCCUUGCGGGAAACACAAGCGGGUGCUGAUCUUCGCCUCUUACAUGACCACCGUCAUCGAGUACGUGAAGCCUUCCGACCUGAAGAAAGACAUGAACGAGACAUUCAAGGAGAAGUUUCCUCACAUCAAACUCACCCUGAGUAAGAUUCGCAGUCUGAAGCAAGAGAUGCAAUUGGUCGGCGAGGAUUGCGGCCUGCAGCCCUCCACCAUCGCAAUGGCCUUCGUCUACUUUGAAAAGUUGGUACUGCAGGGGCGACUCAACAAACAGAACAGGAAGUUGGUGUCCGCUGCGUGCAUCCUAUUGGCUGCCAAGAUCAGCAGUGAUCUAAGAAAACCGGAGGUUAAACAUCUCAUCGAUAAGCUUGAGGAGCGCUUCAGGAUCGGCAGGCGGGAGCUGAUAAGCUUUGAGUUCACCAUCCUGGUGGCCCUGGAGAUGGCACUCUACCUUCCGGAAAGUAAAGUCAUGCCUCACUAUAGGCGGCUGGUCCAGCAGCAGAUGUAGCUUGGUCUUCGAAGACCCUUCCUUCUUCCCUGAUUUGCACAGCUUGAGGGAAACCGCCCUAUUUGGCCCUCAACAAGUUGUCUUUCUGAAAUGGAUCAGGGGUGGCAUUCUGGAUUGCUCGGUCCAUCUCGAAUUGCGUGUGGGAAUCCUAACCGGGCCUUUGGAAAAUCUGCCAAAAGAAGAAAUGCCAUGAAAUCUCUUGCGGCAUUUUCUCUUGUGUAACGCAAUAAAAAGAAAAAAAGACUGAUUUCUCGCAAAUCCCUCCAAGCAAAAUUUGCAUAUGAGGGCAGGCUACUCGUUCCCAGAGUUGGCAGUGGAUUUGAAUCUGAAAAAGAGACCGAGCAAACUGUGGAAACUGUCGGCUUUCAAAUGACCCCGAGGACUCCACACCUCAGCUGUGAAACUUGAGAUGAAAUCUCUUCAACAGUGCAGUUGCCUCUAUUCAUCUUUUUUGUGGAAGACUGAGACCUGGAGGUCUGAUGAUCACAUGAUCUCCGUGAGCACAUGAGUCGACAAAGCCGAACUACCGGUCUUGGUGUGACGCCCAUAAAUGGCGCCUGCGGCCCAACCCGAAGCAGCAAGACAAAACCGGUUGUCCACCAAAGAUUCCAGACGAUUCCUGCAAAAUGGUCAGCCCAUCCAAUUGUGACUCUCAAAGCAAUCUAAUGUUUGAUGUCAUUUGCUCAAGGUCUUCCUCCUAUCUGCAAGUCCUCCCUCGUCACCUCUUUGGUCACAUUUGCCUCCCUUUCGCAAGCCCUCCUUCCAGUUUUCUCCAUAUUUUAAUCUGCAUUUAUGCCCUGAACUGCUUCCUCGGUUUGGUCCGUACAAACAAAAAACGCCCAUUACACUGAACAAAAAUUGUAUUUCCUCCAGUGAUUCCACAAAGUAAAAUCAUCUGGAUCCAGAUAAAAAGAAUAAGUACAUGUAUUUAAAAAAUGUCUGGACCCAGAUGAUUUUAAUUUGUGCAACCACGAGAAAAUAAAAUUCCCUACUAAAAUUCAACAAAAACUAUUUUUAGGCUAUAGCAGAAAGAUCCAACUGCAUUUCCAUCAUUUAUUUUGUCAAGUGGUUGCACAAAAAUUUCUGUAACUGUAUAAUCAACGUAAAAAUUGGAUCCAGAUCCUUUCAUUUCGUGCAACCAGUUGAUGAACUAAAAUUGAAUAAAUUCAUCAACUAUUUUUCUCAAAGGGAAAAAUAGACUGAUAUUUUUUUACCUAUGAUAAAUACGGUGUGUCUAUUUUUUGUAUUGUGAUAUGUCGCUCAAGUCGAUUAUUUAUUCACUGAUUGACAUUUGCGGCAUCGGGAAGUAGAGCGACUUUCAGAUCUCGUGCAACUUUGUGUUCUUUGCAUUACAGACUUGAUUCUAUGCAGCCUUCCCAUUCAGCUUGCGUUUUUUCUUUUUCUUUACUUGUCUUCCUUUUAUUUAUGACAUUUUUUUUUACAUUUCAGUUAACUGUUUGUGUUUUCAGAUGUCAGCUGAGUCCGCAGCGGUCUCGUUUCAUUUCAAAUGCAUGAUGUAAAAUACUUGGAUCUAGUGCUUAGGUUGAUUGAUUGUCUCAUACCAGUGAGUUGAACUCUUCUUGACAUUCCACAAUCCGUAUCGUUCCACAAAUUCCUUUUUUAAUACCAACAUACAAAAAAUGAUAACUGAAAUUGUUGACUUUCUCAUCAUAAUCGUUUUUAUCGUUUGACUUUCUGCUUAUCCAGCAGGGGUUGCUACCUGGCGUGAUUUUUUUGGCACAGAUUUUACCCUCGAGCCACUCAAUCCAUCUAUAUGUAUGUUUUUGUUACAUGACGUCAUCAUGUACACAUUUAGUGACUUGUAGCUCCCGACCACCGACUGUUUCCUAUUUAGUUUAGAGAAUAGAGCAGUGAUUAGGUAUUUUUGCUAGAUGAAUGCCAAGAAAACUGCCAAUGUAUAUUAAAUAUUUAUUUUCUUAAAAGAACUGUGAGCUGAUUUUGAUUUGACUAUUCUUUUGUAAGUAUGGUAGGUUAAACUGUAUAAUGGUUUGAAGGAAAUGUUCCGUUAUCCAUCCAUUCGCGAAAAGAACUGAAUUCUGUAUUGUACUUUCUAAUUUUAUAGACUUUUUAAAAUUGUCAAACUAGGCUCAAUAUUGUGAAUGCUUGAUUGUGUAUGAUUGUGUAUCCAUUUCUGGCCCCAAGGCAUUUGAAAUGAGGAAUAUCCGAAAAGUCUCUCUGAAACGGCUCCCGAUUGCAGUGCCCCAAAUGUGCCACUAGACAGCAGCAAAUAUUACACAACAUGAAUCAAUAAAAGUUGAUUAUAAAGGCGA